AUGGGAAGCAAAGUUUCUUUCUCAAUGAUCUUAGUUGCAUCUCUUUGGGCUGUAACUUUUGCCACUGAAAGAGUAGCUCAAGUGCAACCCCCAGCAACAAUACCUGCACUUUUUCCUCUGGGUUUACCUAUUGAUUUGGUAAAAUGUUGGUCGUCUCUUUUUAACGUCGAGGGAUGUGUGCUCCAAAUAUCCAAUUCAAUUCUUUCUGGCAAGUUUGAAAAUCUUGAAGCCCCGUGUUGCAAGGUGUUCUCAUCCUUAGAUGCAAAUUGUUGGCCUCAAAUGUUUCCACUGAACCCAUUCUUCCCACCUUACCUCAAGGAAAUUUGCGCUCGCAUCGUUCCCAAUCCACCUACACACAAGUGA